GCCAUGCGCACUUUGUUCAGUUUAUUUGUUGUGGGGUGGGCUUUGAUUUCCGAGCGAACCGGCUGACGAAGACCAUAUAUAUUUUACAGCGAUUUGUAUCUCAUAGCAAGCACCAGUCGAUCGAUAGGGAACAAGAAGAAGAAGAAUGGCCAACCCAGACUCACUUCGCAGUCGAUUCGGGAAAUCAGACGCGGAUAGAGUCUAUCAGCUGGCUCACAGUCCAACACCCACUCAACUCUCCCUCCAGAUUAAGCAUGCACUCGAAAUAAUCGAACUGGCCAUUGUCCGUUUUGGUGUUGAUGGACUGUCUAUUAGUUUUAAUGGCGGAAAAGAUUCUACAGUUCUUGUCCAUUUGUUUGCAGCAGCGUUGUACCGGAACUCCUCGAUCCCGACUUCAUCUGAACCGGAGCCCAACUUGAAAAUUUCGGGCCUCUAUAUUCGAUGUCAAUCCCCCUUCGCCGAAGUUGACGAAUUCGUGAAUCACUGUCAAACAAUUUACAAUAUCGAUCUGAUGACGGUCGAUAACAGCUUGAAGAAUGGACUCGGUGCUUUUCUCGCCGAACGUCCGUCUAUCAAAGCCAUCUUGAUUGGAACCAGGGCGACAGAUCCUAAUGGAGGCAGUCUAACGGAUUUCGAUCCAACCGAUUCGGAUUGGCCAUCCAUCAUCAGAGUUCAUCCAAUCCUAGACUGGGGUUAUUCACAUGUCUGGGAAUUCUUGCAAAAACUUGAAGUUGACUGGUGUAAAUUAUACAACUCUGGAUACACCUCACUAGGAUCCAGUUUCAAUACCUUCAAAAAUCCAUUUCUUGAGACUGACGAUGGAUGGAAAGCCGCGUGGGAGUUGAGCGAUGGAAGAAACGAAAGGGCAGGCAGAAUGUGA